AACAACAACAACAACGACACGCUGACCGAGCUUGAGGUUGCAGGCUGUCCUACGAUCAAGGUCAACUCAACCUGCCUCGGUGUGCGGGCACCGGCGGCUGGGCUGGCGUUUUCCAGGGCAAAGUGGAUAAGGCAGCAGGCGCAAGCGCCUUUAGUGGCCAGCCAUGGACGGCAAUGUCGGAAUGGGCAUGGGCCUGGAGGGAAUGGACGACGACGAGAUGCCCAUCAUGGCCGGAGCGUCCAGGCCUUGGCUCUCCACUACGGGCAUUCUCGCGCUCCUGUCCGUGUUCCUCAUCACGCUCGUGGGCAUCAUCCUGUUCUCGCUGUACUUGUACUUCCUCCAAGCCAAACUGGAAUGUCCCGAUUGCAAGGUGGCCGACGUGGCGACGCUCAAGAAGAAGAAACUCACCACGACCACCACGUCGACCGAGUCCAUCCUGCGGCAGAUCGUAGCGCCCGAGGAAGAAGUGCCGGCCCGGCUGCUGUGGAUGCGGCUACGGCGCCAACGACUUCGCAUGCGAAAGCGGCGUCGCAGGCGGCUGUUGCGCAUCUGGCGCCGACUACGUCCCUACUACCAGGCGCGCCUCUAUGCGUGGCUGUGGCGCUCGUUGAGCGCAGAGAUGCGGCAGAAACGACAACUCCGAGCUCGUACGUCACUCGUCGCAAGCAGAAGUCGUCUUGUAGGAGGGCGUCAGCGAUUACCUUUGCGAGGGUCAAGACGACGGCUUCACUGGAAGGGAAUGUGGCGGAACCGACGUAGGCGACGAAGAGCAAGCAGACGAAGUCGAUUCGUGACUUUUGUGUGGGGCCGGAGGUUUCGGGCCCGAAAUGUAAUGCGGUACUGAUGUACAACGGCCGUAAGGCCAUACGAAACACUUGGAAAAUAGAAAAGCAGCGACGAGCAGAUGCCAAUGCCAGUUCUACAGCACUAGAGGCUCAUUAAUCCAGCACCCUCAAUAAUGCGAAGGGCAUAGACGCUCAACCUAUGUGCACCAGAAGUCGUGUUCGUAUGUUGCUACAUUGUGAAGGCUCGAUGUGUUUAGGAAUCUGUUAUGUUCUUUGUUGAGCCGCUUUGUGAGGCUUUGUUUUCACGGCUUAGUGAUGCAGUCUUUAUCUUGUUAAUUUAAGUGUUAGCCGCUGUACCGAAACUGUGUUCUCCAAAGCAGAUCGAAUGAGCUCUAUCUCCUUGCACAUGAUGUGUCGCUUUAAAAGGAUUCUCGUCGAUUGCCUAACUAUUAUCCCAGUGUUCUUAUCGAAACGCUUUCAAUAAUAGUUCCAGGCAGAUAUCCUUCUACUAAUAACUAUUUGAUAUCAGUACGUAACUACUGUAACAUUCAAGUUCAAUCCAGCGCAAACAGCGGACACAUAGGUGUCAUUGUCAUUAUUGUUCAACUUUUUAUUGAUAAGCAAACUACAUACGUGCACCCUCGCGACAUAUAUGUUUAUGGAAAUUAAACAAUGUACCCCAAAGUCCAGAAAAACUUGCUUCAUGAUAAGGAUAAUUUUUCAGCUGAGAAGUGAAUGAGGUUGAUUGCCAAAACUACCGGCUAAUUAAGGCAGACACUGCCCAAA